CCUCUCCCUCCCACACAACAGACCAGAGAGCGCCAUCUCCUCUCUCUCUCUCUCUAAAGGAAUGGCGAAACCUUCUAAAAGGCUCAAGCACGACCAUGAACCAAAAUUCUCUCUCUCAUUACCUCUCGCCGGCAGCGCCCAGGAGUCUUCCAUCAUAGUCUCCGCUCUCAAACACGUCAUCUCUGGUAGUGGAAGCAGCAGCGCCGCUUCCUCUUCUUCCUCAAUUGAAUCCAUUCCUCCUGCUGAGCUUAACCAAUCAGCAAAGGGUGGGAUACCUUUGGUCUUCCCAGAAGCUUACAAGUGUAUGUUCUGCGACAUCGACGGCUGCCUCGGUUGCAAUCUCUUCGGUGGUGCUGGUGCGUCAAAGCCGCCGGAAAGGAAGAGGAAAGAGAAAAAUAAGGAGAAGACUUAUAGGGGCGUCCGCCAGCGUCCUUGGGGAAAAUGGGCUGCGGAAAUUAUGAAACCACAAGGCCCUGAAGCGGCAGCCAAUCGCGUUUGGCUUGGCACCUUCGACACGGCUGAGGACGCUGCCAGAGCUUACGACAACGCAGCCAUUAGUUAUCGUGGACCCCGAGCCAAGCUCAAUUUCCCAUUCCCUCAUGACUUACCUGAUCAGAAUUCCAAAUCCCAAGAACAAUUAGUUGUGGAAGAGAAGCAGAAGCAGAAUUCGAAGCCACAUAAGGACGAGGAACACAAUGUCUCAGCGCAGCAACAGUGGCUGCCGGACGCCGUGGCUGGAUCCACAACCAGUAAUGGAGGGGAUAGAGAUCGUUGGGAUACGCUGAAGCUGGAUGAGAACGAAGACCUGGUGCAGAAUUGGAUGAUGAUGUUGAACGUCCUCGGAGAUUCGCCUACCACGACAGUACCGUCGGCUUCCUUUGAUUUUGACUUGUUCGUCUAGAAGUUUUAGGGAUCAAAAGAAAUGGAAAUGAGUUUGAAAUAGUUUUUAAGUUUGAUACCUUUUUUUCUACCACGUGUAAAUUCUAAGUGGAGCCAGCUGUGGAUCAUAAUAAAAUAAUCUCGAUUUUAAGAA